AUGGAGAAUGGGAAUCAGCACGAGCAAUGCUGUCUACAAUGGGACAAGAACGGGCAGAGGCCGGACUUCACUGAUGACCUGAAAGGCUUUGGCAAUAUUGGCUCGGUCCUGCAUAAAACUAUUGCCAUUUGUCAAAAACUAUAUAGUUUUUCGCAACAAGAAGGAGAAGGUCUUUAUGAUUAUUUAGAGAGGUUUCAUGAUCUCUUGUUACAAUGUCCACACCAUGGAUUGGAUACUCCUAGGCUCAUAUUGAUCCUUUAUGAGGGAUUAGAUUGCAAAACAGCGACUACGAUAGAAUCACUUUGUGGUGGGAAUUUCCUUGAUAAGAGUGCCGAAGAAGGUUACAAAAUUUUGCAUGAAAUAGCUGGAAAAAUCCAAGAGUGGGAGGCUAGAGAACCCAUAAGAUCAAUAGCUAGUAGUGAAGGGAUUCACAGAGUUGAUAAUGAAUUCGAAUAUGAGGCCAAGUUUUAUGUUUUGACACGAAGACUUGAGUCGUUAGAAAGAAAUGUUAAAGUCAAGCCUAUUGAGUGUAUUACACAUGCAUCUUCUAUUCCUAGUGAUUGCACUAACCAAAGAAUUCCUAGUUUGGAAGAAAGUAUUUGUCUAUUUAUGCAGGCUACUCAAAGAUCUAUGGAAAACUUACAACAACAGCUAAAUGAGCUAGUCAGCCAACUGAAUGAGCGAGACAAGGGUCAGUUCUCGAGUCAAAUACAGACUCACCGUACAGGUUCUUUUGAGGUAAGCACAUCUGGUGCUAAGCCAACUCAUCAUGUCCAGGCCGUCACUACUCUCAGAAGUGGACGAGUCAUUGAUAAUCAUGUUAGUGAUGAUGAGGAGAAUGUGCAAGAGAGGAACCUGCCUACUAUUACACAGGUUACUCCUUCAACAGAAACCGAUGAAACCGAAAAAGGUAAUUCUGAAAUUUCUUAUGUUCCUCACGCUCCUUUUCCUCAAGCAUUACUACCUCGUAAGAAAGGAGCUAGUCCUAAUGACAUCUUAGAAGUGUUUAAACAAGUUAACGUCAACAUUCCACUCUUAGAUGCCAUUAAACAAAUUCCUUCUUAUACUAAGUUUCUAAGAGAUAUGUGCAUUGUGAAACGAAAAUUGAAUGUGCAUAAGAAAGCUUUCCUUGCUGAACAGGUGAGCUCGAUUAUUACACAGAAAGCUCCACCCAAAUUUAAAGAUCCAGGUUGUCCUACGAUUGCUUGCACUAUAGGUGAACAUAGGACUGAACAUGCAUUGUUAGAUUUAGGGGCCAGUGUGAAUCUCUUGCCAUAUUUUGUGUAUGUGCAAUUAGAACUUGGUGAUUUGAAACCCACUAAUGUCACUCUCCAAUUGUCUGAUAGGUCAAUUAAAAUUCCUAUGAGAGUGGUAGAGGAUAUUUUUAUCCAGGUUGAAAGUUUUGUUUAUCCCGUUGAUUUUAUUGUUUUAGAUACUCAACCUGUUUCUAAUCCCUGUGGGCAGAUUCCUGUCAUCUUAGGUAGACCUUUUUUGGCUACCUCGAAUGCGGUUAUCAACUGUCGCAAUCGAAACAUGGAGCUUACUUUUGGAAAUAUGAAAAUGGAGAUAAAUGUGUUUAGCCUUUCAAAUUUGUCUGCGAUUUCUGAAACUUGUGAACAUGUAUGCAUGGUUAAUGGUGUGAAUGAUUAUACUCACUGUUAUAAUGAGAAUCUCGAAAACAUGUUUGAAAACUUUGCAGGUAUUAUGGAGUCAUGUGACGAAAAACAAGGAAGUUAUGAGCUUAAUCCAGCGCUUUGGCAACCUUAG